CAGCCCCCCUCCCCUAGUACUCUCUAUCCUCGGCCAAAGGCUGGCUGGGUGUCGGGGGGGAUAGGUGGGACAGUAGGGGAAACACAUCGCCCCUCUCAUGGAGCCGUCCUCUUAAACCACUGGGCCGAAACACGCGAGAAACCGAAGCCGAAGCCGGGCCUCCUCCGCUGGGUUCACCUCCUCCCACGUCCUCCCGCCUCCCUCUACUGCCCAGGUUUGGUGCUGUGUUGGACCAGAGAGGGACUCCACGGGGAAGCGGGGGAAGGUUCCUGACCCGGUCCGGGGCGGAGGAAUGUGGCUAAGCCCCGUCCGCUGGGUGUGUUGGAGCGGCUCGCCGAGACCCGAGGAGAGGGAGAGAGCGAAUAGUCCCGGAGAGGGAGAGAGCGAAUACUUCAGGGCGAUCCCACCGCCGCCGCCGCCGGGACCCCCCACCCUCACCCCUGCUGAGCGACUGCGCUGAGGAGCACGGCCAUCCCCAGUCCGGGAAGAGGGCUGGAAGGAAGGUAGCGUUGUUUCAGGUGAGUACGACUGGGUAAAUGUUUACCCAGUCGACGCCUCCAGGACUGUAAUCUCUGCUGAGGAUGCGUGGAAAGAGCGCUUGCUUGCCGGCAAACACCGUGUGACUUAACUCUAAUCAUUACCUGCGUCUCGCGAGGAGGCGUACCGUUCUGCCCCCCGCUCUAUCCCAGCCUCUCGGAACUCCUUCCUCGUUGACGAAGGGACCUCGGACAACUCUCGUUUUUUCGUUUCCCCUUUAAACUCUGGAUGGUACCCGGAUGGUUGAUAUGUGGUGUAAACACUGACAGGUACAACGCUGGGCUCCAUGGAUGUAAUGGAGGACCAGAGAGCGGAGGUCCGCGGGCUCAACGCCCGACUGAAGGGCUUCCUGGAGCACAUGGAGAGGCUGCAGGACACCAACGCGCGGCUGGAGGGGCAGAUCGCUGACUGGGGGGCGAGGAACGGCGCCGUGCUGAGGGACUGGUCCCAGGAGGAGAGCACGGUCAACGGCCUGCGAGCUCAGGUGGGUCAACUUCUGGUGGAGAACGCCCAGCUGGCGCUGCAGUCGGAUGGCAUGAAGUCCAGAGCGGCUGCCAUACAGGCCAGGUGUGAGAGCGAGGAGCGGCAGACCCAGCGUCUGGAGCAGCAGGUGGGGCAGCUCAGAGAGACCCGGGCCCGGGCCGAGGAGUCCAACGGACGGCUGAAGGCCGACCUCUGGCACUCCAUGACCGAGCUGGAGGGCAUGAAGGAAGACUACCAGGCACGCUGGUCCCUGCAGCAGCAGCAGCAGCAGCAGCAGUGGAGCAGCUCCUGUGAUGCUCUGCUAGCGUCCGCCGCCGCCACAACAGCAGCAGGGCAGGAGGAGGAUGGCAGAGGGAUGGAGCUCGCCCAGCUCCUCGACCGAUUCAGAGCGCAGUGCGGCCAGCUCGCCCCCGGCGCGGGAGCCCCCGGCCGGGCAGCCUUCUCAACUCAAGCCCCGGGCUCGGCGGGGCCCGGCGGCUUCGGAGGAGCUAGAGCUGCGGCGGCGGCGGCGUCAUCAUCGCCGCUGCCGCUGUCGUCAUCGUCGGCAACAGCAGAAACAAACGGAGGAGCGUUCCCCGAGGAGGAGGCAGCGUGGGUGCAGGUGAACCUGGGGGGUGCGGCCCUGAGGGAGGCCCGGGCGGAGCUCAGCGAGGCCAGGAAGCAGUGGAACACCCUGCAGGUGGAGAUCCAGACACUGCACGCCCUGGAGAAAGGUCUGGAGGGCUCUCUGGUGCACACCCAGCAGCUGUACUCCAGCCAGCUGCAGGACCUGUCCCAGGUGAUCGGCCGCCUGGAGGGGGAGCUGGAGCAGGUGCGGGACGGCCUGGCCGGCCAGCGGCAGAGGCACCGGGUGCUGCUCAACACCAAGAUGAGGCUGGAGCACGAGAUCACCACCUACAGGCGGCUGCUGGACCGGGAGGAGGGCAGGUACAUGGUUCGAAACGGACAGGCGGUCGGCCUACAGCCCUGGAGGGGCCCCUCCGCGGGCCCCAAGGAGAACGGCCACGAGACGGAGGUCAGCGACCCCUCCCUCAGCGACCCCUCCCUCAGCGACCUCGCCCUUAGCCCAGACGAGCCCCGCUCCGAGCCGCUGCCGGACAUCCCCCCGCUACUCCCCCCGGACCACGGCCGCAAGAGGAGCUCCAUGCUGCGGCGACAGCAGAGCCUGGUGGUGCUGACGGACCCGGAGCGGGGCGGAGAGCUGCGGAUCCCCAUGGUGAAGACCCAGGAGUUCCUGCAGGGCAACGUGGUGCGGGAGGGCGCCGAAGGCCACGGCACUAUAGAGACGGAGCAGAUGGACCAGGCCAUCCGGCAGUGGGAGGGCUCCUUCUUCAAGGGGAACCCCAAGCUGAGGAAGAAGUCGGUGUCGCUGCGCUUUGACCUGCACAUGGCCGCCAACGACCAGGGCGGCGGCCAGGGCGGCCCGGACAGCCUGCCCGACGUGGAGGUCCGCCUGGUGAUGAAGAGGUCUCGCAGUAUCCCCACCAUCACCUAGGGGGGGGGGGGGGGGGGGGGGGGGG